CCGGGCUCUCGCUGUCAGCGCGGCUCGAGCUGCGGGUGCCGGAGCUCGGAAGCGGGCCGAGCGCACGCGCGGCCCGUUGGGUCAUUUGUCGAUCCGCCCGUCUGCCUCCCCUGCGGCUUCGCCCCAGGAGGUCCAGGAGGUCGGGCAGGAACGGGGGGGUGCAGGAAGAGAGCUGCGUGGAUUUGGGCUCGAGCGAUUGUGGGACAGCCAUCGGGAACUUGGGCUCGACGCCCCCGAAUUAUCACACGAGCAGUCGAGCGCGACCGAGCUUGGUUGACGCUGAAAGCAGUUCAGAGCCUCCAGGUGAGCCAGCGUUGCCUUUUGAGGUGGUAUGUCCUCGUCGUCCUUCUUUGACGCUGCGCUGCAAGAAUACUGUACCACUAUCUUCGUUCGUAUGUGCGUCUCCUUCAGCUUAUGUUUUUUUGUUGCUGAUGCCUGGCUUUCUUUGGGAAGGUUUGCAGCGUCGCUUUACGCAUGGAAUGCAUCCUUCAAAGCGAUGCUCUCAUCGCCUGAUCAUUCCAAAGAACAAGUGUUACGUCAUGAUUUCAUCAGAACACGGGUGGCGCGAUGGCAGCGUGUGAUGGAUGCGGUUCUGGUGCCUUUGUCGAACAUAGCUUCGCCACUCUUGAUUUGCAUGGAUGCGUGCUGUGCAGUUUCUUGGGACUCGGGAUUGUUUUGCAGAGUGAUGUUUCUCUCCGGGCGUCACUUUGCAACGCUGUAUUGGAAGUACUACAAACAUGGCUUAUCCCUCUUUGGCGCAACGUGCAUAUUCAAGGUGUUCGUGUUGAGCCUUGCGGUGCGAACGUAUUAUGCAGACACGCAGGCCUUCCUCAUAUACGCUGGGUUCCGGGCCGCUAUACGAGUGCUCUUGGCGCUGUUGGCACCCGACUGCAAAACGACUGUGAAUUGGAAUUUGUUUCUCUCUGCAGUGACGUGCCUCUCCGUCUGGGAGCGGCGCGAGCAGCUACGCAUCGACGGACAACAUGGCUUGGCCGCCUUUGUCCAGCACGUCAUCAUUGAAGUGGUUCUCUGUGCGCUCGUCUGCAGCGCCGGAGUAAUUCAGGAGUUUAGUGAGAAGGAUAUCCUCAAGGCUUCCCGAGAGUCCAGGGCGUAUCGUGCAGUUCAGAGGUUGCUCGGUGUUUUCUGCGACGCCCACCUGCACAUCUGCCCACGGUGUAAUAUCAUCGCCCAUUCCCCACACCUGGUGAGUUUGCUCGGCGCGGAGAAUGGGACAAGAGACAUGAGGAGCACACUUCAUGGACAGAGUUUCUUCCAGUACGUUGUAGAGUCCGAUCGGCAGCGCUUGCAGGACUUCAUCUCGGCGACAGCGGGACUGCAGUCGGAAGACUCUGCAGCCGAACACCUGGACUCGGGCGAGUGUGUUUUGCGCCCCGCUGCUUCCAUCCACGUGUCUCUGCGCAAGGAGGGAAGGGCGCACACGACUCCCGUGGAGCUGUUCCUGAUCUGCUUCGACGGCGCCAGAGACGCCCCCGAGCUCCUGGUGGGGAUCCGGGAGGCCUGCGAGGCGCUGCCGCGGGAGGCCUGCACGGAUGCACCCGACGCUGGAGCUUUUCAGCGGUUGGCGGAGGCGUCGCCGGCGCGCGAGUCCGACCUCGGGACUGGCGAGGUGCCGCCUGCCGGCGAGCAGCACGCGCCGCCCUGCGCGGCGCUGACGCAGGCGCGGGCUCACGGGCAGCCGCGCCCCCACCACGGUGGCCGGUCGUCGGUGGCCUUGCCGCAGCCGCCCGUGCACCACGUCGGCUCGAGGUCGUCGAGCUCCGCGUCGUCGUCCUUGUCUGGGAGCUGCGCGCUGGACGCGGGCUGCGUCUCGUCCGUCUGUCUGCGGCUGGACUCGGCGAGCAGUGGCCUGCGCGUCGAGGACAUGCUGCUGCGCUUUGGAGACGGACAUGGGGCGCCCCACCUGCAGGAUUGGCUCCCCAUGGAAGCCCUGGAUGAAAUCCAUAGGAUCGGGGAAACGUCAGACUCAAGUACGCCGACACUCUGGUUUGCCGACGCUGUUUGACGAGCACGUCCUGGUUUUUGAGGGUCCAGUUUUCGUUGGACGUUUGCAGCGGGAGCUCGCGUCAAAUUUCAGAUUGGAUCCGCCAGUUUCAUGAUGGCUCUGCCACCCGAGCCCGAGUCUUACGUCUCCCCGAUAGGAGUAUCCAGGAAUUUGUGAAUCAGGGGGAGUACGGAGGUGACGAGGAGGUGGCGGCGGGCGUCAGCCUUGGUGCGGUGCGGUUUUCCAGAAGCGGAACUACGUUUCUGCAGUCUCAGGGUGCAGAGCUUGGGGUUGAUGGCCCCAUGAUUGACCCUCGCGAUUCCGACGAAGAUUCUGAUGAUUUCAAUCCGAUUGUACUCAUGAAGCUGACUGGGGUGUCGAAGCUUCGCAUGCCUUGGCAGAGGGUACCGACCAAGGUCUCGGGAAGACUGCCCCCGAUCAACGAGUUCUUGACGGAAGCAGCGGAUUAUGGCGGCGUGUCCGCACUCAGAAAGAGAACCAGUGGUUUGGCCAAGGUAAGAAAGGAGAGAGCGUCCUUUGGCAGUGUCGAGGGGGCGGCCGCUGACUUCGAAGCCUGAUGCGAGCCGAUUGUGUCUCCCAUGCACUGAUAGUGUAGUCUAGCUUGUUGCUGUUCGUAGCUAUCCGUCGCUUCUCGCAGUAGAUCUUGAACUUGUUGUUCGGGCAUAUUGUCCGGAGGUUGCUGCUGCUUUUCGGCAGGUUAGCCGACGUCGUGGUGACAUGUGUUUCUCUCCUUCAGAUCCACAUGGGGGUGGCGGAGA